AUGGAGUUAUUAAAUGAGCCUCCAACACACAGAUCUGGAAGAGGUGCAGCCUACGCGUGUUCAGAGGGGGAAGGAAAUGCUCCAAAGUCGUGCUGUGGUCGCCCACCAUUAAGGCUCUGCGUGCUCUUCUUGGGGGUAGUUGGAGCUUGCUUGGUUGCAGCUGGCGCCACCUUGGGAGCUUUAAGGCCCCAUCCGACACCACUCACAUUGAUACUGCUUAUGAUAGGUAUCGGCGUGGUAUUAGUGACAGCAGCAGGACUGGCGUGGCGUCUCGGUGCCCGUGACGCCCCAUGCGCCCUGUUUGGAAUCAGAAGAGCGUCAUGUCGACGGCUGGUCCCGCGUCUCCCCCCAAGUUACGCCAGACCUCACCAUCCGUACGCCGCAAUGCUGUACCCAGAGUUUCACUAUCGGCCGCCGCCACCCACCUAUCAGGCGUCCAUGCAAGAAUAUAGACUCAGGCUACUUCUCCUGGAUAGAAGUGCUCCAGUGGUGUCGCCACCUCCGACCUACCGGUCAAACUCAGCAAGUCUAGUCAGAGGUUCGACGGGAGCAGGCUGGUGCGGCUCUGAAUACAGCGGUCCACCGUCCUAUCGCACGCCUCGUACAGACCCACCGGCCACAGAUAAUAUUCCCACAAUCACCACAGACCUGAAAUAUACAAACGACAUAGAACCAACGAGAAUAGAGCCCCAAGAACAAGAGAAGGAUCCAGAACAUCUCGUCACAAUAGUUCACACAGACGCUCAGCCUGUCAUUGUGACAGUUUCUGGGUCCACAGCGUUAAAUGAGUCUCAGGUUCCGCCGUCAGAAAUUGAUAUAUUAGCGCACUUAUAA